CACAUGCCUUUCAAAUAAAAAUGGCUGAAGUCAUGCCGGAGGGGUGGACUGGUACACACGUGGAGAAAAUGAAGAAGAAAAAGCCUCCAAAACGCUAUUGGGAGGAAACCGAAAACACAGACCGAAGCCAGAGACCAGAAGAAAAACAAAGCAAAGCUGGGCAGAACCAAAAUAAAUCAACAGUACAAGAAAAGUCAUUAAAAAGGAAGAAUGGUGAAAGUUUGGAGAAAAAGGACCCUUUUCCUGGUGAGGCUCCUAUACCACAUAAACAACUUCAGAAGUUUCAGAGGGGAAAGAAAUGCAAAGUGCCUGCAGGAGCCCGUGAAAAGCUAAAAGAAGCCAUUGCGUUCUCUGAGUCCAUGUCUGAACACGCUCAGAAACAGGCUGCAAGAUAUGACCUUUUACUUCCAGAGGAUUCUGGCUUCCUGGAAGGAGAUGAGGAUGAAGACACAAACACAAUAUCUCAAGAUGACAUAGCAGAUGCAGUUGACAUCACUUCUGGAUCAAAGUACUUCAACUUGCAUCUUUCCCAGUUUGGCCCAUAUAGGCUUGACUACAGCAGAACUGGACGGAAUCUACUAGUGGGUGGUAAGAAAGGUCAUGUGGCCUGCAUCAACUGGCAAACUAAAGACCUUAUGUGUGAGAUGAAUGUCAUGGAAACAGUGAAUGAUGUCAAGUGGCUCCAUACAGAGGCCAUGUUUGCUGUGGCACAGAAGAGAUGGCUCUAUAUCUAUGACUCUAAAGGUGUGGAGCUCCACUGUGUGAAGAAAUUCAAUGACGUCUUAAGAAUGCAGUUUCUGCCGUACCACUUCCUACUUGCCACAGCGAGUGCUACUGGGUUUCUGCAAUAUCUGGAUGUAUCGGUUGGUAAAGAGGUCGCAGCAAUCUGCACAAAAACGGGACGGCUAGACGUGAUGGCACAGAAUCCCCAUAAUGCAGUGAUUCACCUGGGCCACCCAAAUGGCACCAUUAGUCUGUGGUCGCCCAACCAGAAAGAGCCACUCGUAAAGAUGUUGUGUCAUCGGGGUGCUGUUCGUUCCUUAACAGUGGAUAAAACUGGCACGUACAUGGUGACGUCGGGUCUGGACAGGAAGCUAAAGGUGUAUGAUAUCAGAGCUUUUAAGCCUCUUCACUCCUGUUUCCUUCCUGCUGGAGCCUCUUGCUUAUCUCUAAGCCAGAGAGGACUACUCAGUGCUGCUACUGGAGAUAUUGUACAGGUUUAUCAGAACGUUUUGGGAAGCAGUCCUAUAUCCAAACCCUACAUGGCUCACCGCCUUCGAGGGCAAAUUUGGGGUCUUGCGUACUGCCCUUUUGAAGAUGUUCUGGGAAUCGGACAUGGAGAGGGCUUUACCAGCAUGAUUGUACCAGGUGCAGGGGAACCCAAUUUUGAUGCUCUUGAUUCAAACCCAUACCGUAGCCAUAAACAGAGACAGGAGUGGGAGGUCAAGGCCCUGCUAGAGAAGAUACAGCCUGAGCUGAUAGGUUUGGACCCAGGACAGCUGAGUAAAGUAGACCAGGCCAGUUUUGAGCAGAAGCACAAGGAACAAGUUGAAGCAUUGGGCUUUGAUCCAUUGGCAAAAGACAAAUUUAAACCAAAGAAAAAGAAGAAAGGAAGAAGCUCUGCUGGUGCCAUAGAGAAAAGAAAGAGGAAAGUCGCCCAUGAGGAUCAGAGGGACGAAAUUCGGCAAUCUGUACAAGAACGAACAGAAAGAGAGAAAGAGCUGAAGGAGAAGUCCAACGAAAAGUUGGGAAAUAAGUCAACACUUGACCGUUUUAGAAAGUAAAGAUCCCUGACUGCUGUGAACCCAUCCGAGAAGACUAAUUCAAAGUAGAAGAGCCCAUCAUACAUGCUAAUCUGUUGCAAAUUUAAGAUUGCUGUUGUACAAGCCUUUUUUUUUUUUUCAAAACCUCUGGAUGUCAUUUCCUUGUUCCUUAAAAGCUUUUAGCUUAUUUAAUAAAAUACCUAUAAAAUCUUUAAAAAA